AUGUCGAGAGACGCGAGCCUUUCGCCGAAGUCUGCCGAUACACGAUUUGGUUUCGUCGGAACAGCAAACGAGCCGAUUAAAGUCGAGGUUGUUGACGAAGAACAGAGCUCAAAUGCCAAUCAACUUGGAUUUUCUACUACGUUGUCGACGUCAUUCGUUGUUCCCGAUGACAUGUCUGAGUCGGUCGAUGACUUAACUGUCACAAAGGAGAAAAAGAAAUUGAAGCCAAGUAAAGUAGCAGAAGAUAUAACUCGAAAAAGGAAGGAUACUACCAAUUCGAUUACCAAUUUCUUUCAUCGAUUCACUCGAGGAGACCGUGAAGAAAAGAAGAUCGUGGAAGAAGAGGAGGAAGAGCUUGUGGAAAGGCCUGGCAAGCUAAUAAGUCCAGAGUCGGAAGAGAAAUGGUUUGAAUCAAGAACACUUGAUGAACAAGUUCUGGGCCACGAAGGAAAUGCAGAAGUGUACGAGUGGGAUCCGAAUAAUAUGACGGAAACACUAGUUCGCGAGCCACCUCCUCUCGAUCCAAGCAAUGCGAUAUUUGAAGAAAAGGGAAUGUUGAAACUGCUGGAGGAAUUUCGAAAUGGCGAGUUACGUUGGCUUGAUGAACCACAGAUAUCUGCGAUGGGGAAGGUGAAAGAAGCUCAUGAAGAUGUGUCGAAUAUUCAUUUGAAAGUUUAUGAAAUUGAAUCUGCAAAACGGAAAAGGAGAAAACACGAGAAAAGAGCUGAAGAAAACUCUACUUUCUCCGAUUCUGAUGAUUCUGAUGAAGAGAGAGUCAUUGAAAAGCUGUUUGAGAAGAUGAAUUCCCAUAUGGUCAACAUGCACUCUGCACUUGAUACUGUACCAUUUUACGAUGCUUCUCAGAAUCGAAAUGAUAAUGACGAGGAGUACUUUUCUUCAUAA